AUGUCCGUCUGGACAACAGAAUUACACGACUUCCUGCAGAGCAGCUCAGAGCCUGAGGACGGUCACACAUACGUCAUGUACCACGGGACCUCUCGUGAGGCAGCGGAGCAGAUCAAGGCCCACGGUUUCCACCAGUCCAGAGACGGGAUGCUGGGACGGGGCGUCUACGUCAGCCGUGACGUGGAGAAGGCCAGGGCGUACCCCCGGGGGCUCCCCGCGGACCAGCGCGUGGUGCUGAAGCUCCGGGUCAACGUGGGCAGAGUGAAGAGGAUCGAUCGCCAAGGGCACCCGCUGCAAAAGACCUGGCACGACCACGGCUACGACACGGCCUGGUGCCCGCCGCGCUGCGGGAUGGUGCUGAGCGGUCUGGAGGAGGACUGUGUGUGGGAUCCUGACCGCGUGGAGGUGAUGGACGUGCUCGACACGCGGCCGGCCCCCGGAGUCGCAGAGGCCAUCGGGGCCACCCCUGAGGAAGGUCACACAUACGUCAUGUACCACGGGACCUCUCGUGAGGCAGCGGAGCAGAUCAAGGCCCACGGUUUCCACCAGUCCAGAGACGGGAUGCUGGGACGGGGCGUCUACGUCAGCCGUGACGUGGAGAAGGCCAGGGCGUACCCCCGGGGGCUCCCCGCGGACCAGCGCGUGGUGCUGAAGCUCCGGGUCAACGUGGGCAGAGUGAAGAGGAUCGAUCGCCAAGGGCACCCGCUGCAAAAGACCUGGCACGACCACGGCUACGACACGGCCUGGUGCCCGCCGCGCUGCGGGAUGGUGCUGAGCGGUCUGGAGGAGGACUGUGUGUGGGAUCCUGACCGCGUGGAGGUGAUGGACGUGCUCGACACGCGGCCGGCCCCCGGAGUCGCAGAGGCCAUCGGGGCCACCGUCGGGGCCACCAUCGGGGCCGCCGCCAAGGCCACCGGGGCCACCAUCGGGGCCGCCACCAAGGCCACCGGGGCCACCAUCGGGGCCGCCGCCAAGGCCACCGGGGCCACCAUUGAGGCCGCCGUCGUCACCGUUGAGGCCGCUGGUGUGGCCGUUGAGGCCACCAGGACCGCUGUCGAGGCUGCCGCCAAGGCCACCGGGGCCACCAUUGAGGCCGCCGUCGUCGGGGCCACCAUCGUCACCGUUGAGGCCGCUGGUGUGGCCGUUGAGGCCACCAGGGCCGCUGUCGAGGCUGCCGCCGAGGCCACCGGGGCCGCCACAAUUGAGGCCCUCGAGGCCACCGGGGCCCUCGCCGGGGCCGUCUGGAGAGCGCUCAAUUGGUGA